AUGCAGACGCCACUGAGCAUGCCUGUGCCCGUGCUCCGGCUGCCUCGGGGCCCUGACGGCUACAGCCGGGGCUUUGCCCCCGACGCACGCAGGGCCCUCCUGAAGCCAGAGGCGCCCGAAACCCAGGAGUCCCCCAGACUUGGAGAGUCUCUGGAAUGCCAGGAACAGCGGGCCCGAGCCGUCCAGCGGGAGCGCUACCUCCGAAGCCUGCUGGCCAUGGGGGGUCGCCAGGUGAGCUUCACGCUGCACGAGGGUGUGCGUGUGACGGCCUGCUUUGGAGCCGCCGACCUGGACGUGGCCAACUUCUACGUGUCGCAGCUGCAGACCCCGAUAGGUGUGCAGGCUGAGGCACUGCUCCGAUGCAGUGACAUCAUUGCGUACACUUUCAAGCCCUAA